AUGCUGCCUCCCCCAGGACCUCAGAGCUUCGUCCGCUUCACCAAGCAGUCUCUUGCCCUCAUUGAACAACGCAUUGCUGAAGAAAGAGCAAAGGAACCCAAAGAAGAAAAGAAAGAUGACGAGGAAGAAGCCCCAAAGCCUAGCAGUGACUUGGAAGCUGGCAAGCAGCUGCCGUUCAUCUAUGGAGACAUUCCUCCUGGAAUGGUGUCGCUGCCCCUGGAAGACCUGGACCCAUACUACGCAAACAAAAAGACUUUUAUAGUAUUGAACAAAGGGAAGGCAAUCUUCCGCUUCAAUGCCACACCUGCUUUGUAUAUGCUGUCUCCCUUCAACCCUCUAAGAAGAAUAUCUAUUAAGAUUUUAGUACAUUCUCUGUUCAGCAUGCUUAUCAUGUGCACUAUUCUGACCAACUGCAUUUUUAUGACCAUGAGUAACCCUUUGGAAUGGACCAAAAAUGUAGAGUACACUUUUACUGGAAUAUAUACUUUUGAAUCACUUGUAAAAAUACUUGCAAGAGGCUUCUGUGUAGGAGAAUUCACUUUCCUGCGUGACCCAUGGAACUGGCUGGAUUUUGUCGUCAUUGUUUUUGCAUAUGUCACAGAGUUUGUGGACCUGGGCAAUGUCUCAGCAUUGAGAACAUUCAGAGUUCUCCGGGCAUUGAAAACAAUUUCAGUCAUUCCAGGCCUAAAGACUAUUGUGGGGGCCCUCAUCCAGUCGGUGAAGAAGCUCUCCGACGUCAUGAUCCUCACUGUGUUCUGUCUGAGCGUGUUUGCUCUCAUUGGGCUGCAGCUCUUUAUGGGCAACUUGAAGCAUAAAUGUUUCCGGAAUAACCUUGAAAAUAAUGAAACACUGGAAAGCAUAUUGAAUCGUACAGAGAGUGAAGAUGAACUAAGAAGUUUUAUACAGCCAGAAAAAUAUUUUUAUUACCUGGAGGGAUCCAAAGAUGCUCUCCUUUGUGGUUUCAGCACAGAUUCAGGUCAGUGUCCAGAGGGCUACUCUUGUGUCAAGGCUGGAAGAAACCCUGAUUAUGGCUACACCAGCUUUGACACUUUCAGCUGGGCCUUCUUAGCCUUGUUUCGGCUGAUGACUCAGGAUUACUGGGAAAACCUUUACCAACAGACACUGCGUGCUGCUGGCAAAACCUACAUGAUCUUCUUCGUUGUGGUCAUUUUCCUGGGUUCCUUUUACCUGAUCAACUUGAUCCUGGCUGUGGUGGCCAUGGCCUAUGAAGAGCAGAAUCAAGCCAACAUUGAAGAAGCUAAACAGAAAGAGAUAGAAUUUCAGCAGAUGUUAGAUCGACUCAAAAAAGAACAAGAAGAAGCUGAGGCAAUAGCAGUAGCAGCUGCUGAAUACACAAGUAUUGGACGAAGCAGAAUCAUGGGCCUCUCAGAGAGUUCUUCUGAAACAUCCAAACUGAGUUCAAAGAGUGCUAAGGAAAGAAGAAACAGAAGAAAGAAAAAGAAUCAGAAGAAACUCUCCAGUGGGGAGGAAAAGGGAGAUGAGGAGAAGUUGUCCAAAUCCGGAUCAGAAGAGAGCAUCAGAAGGAAAAGCUUCCACCUGGGUGUUGAAAGUCAUAAACGAGCACGAGAGAAGAGACUGUCCACCCCUAAUCAGUCACCACUCAGCAUCCCUGGUUCCUUGUUUUCUGCGAGGCGCAGCAGCCGAACAAGUCUUUUCAGCUUCAAGGGGCGAGGAAAAGAGAUAGGAUCUGAGACAGAAUUUGCCGAUGAUGAACACAGCAUUUUUGGAGACAAUGAGAGCAGACGGGGUUCACUGUUUGUGCCUCACAGACCCUGGGAACGGCGCAGCAGUAACAUCAGCCAGGCCAGUAGGUCCCCCCCAAUGCUGCCAGUGAACGGGAAGAUGCACAGUGCCGUGGACUGCAAUGGUGUGGUGUCUCUGGUUGAUGGACCCUCAGCCCUCAUGCUCCCCAAUGGACAGCUUCUUCCAGAGGUGAUAAUAGAUAAGGCAACUUCUGAUGAGAGCGGCACAAGUAAUCAAAUAAGAAAAAAAAGACGGUCUAGUUCUUAUUUCCUGUCGGAGGAUAUGCUGAAUGAUCCUCACCUCAGACAAAGAGCAAUGAGUAGAGCAAGCAUAUUAACAAACACUGUGGAAGAACUUGAAGAGUCCAGACAAAAAUGCCCACCCUGGUGGUACAGAUUUGCACACACCUUUUUGAUCUGGAAUUGCUCCCCAUAUUGGAUAAAAUUCAAAAAGUUUAUUUAUUUUAUUGUAAUGGAUCCUUUUGUAGACCUUGCAAUUACCAUUUGUAUAGUUCUAAACACAUUAUUUAUGGCUAUGGAACACCACCCAAUGACUGAAGAAUUCAAAAAUGUUCUUACUGUGGGAAAUUUGGUCUUUACUGGCAUCUUUGCAGCUGAAAUGGUUUUGAAAUUAAUCGCCAUGGAUCCUUAUGAAUAUUUCCAAGUAGGCUGGAAUAUUUUUGACAGCAUUAUUGUGACUUUAAGUUUAGUGGAGCUUUUUCUAUCUGAUGUGGAAGGAUUGUCAGUUCUGCGAUCAUUCAGACUGCUCAGGGUAUUCAAGUUGGCAAAAUCUUGGCCAACAUUAAACAUGCUAAUAAAGAUCAUCGGCAACUCCGUGGGGGCGCUGGGAAACCUCACCUUGGUGUUGGCCAUCAUCGUCUUCAUCUUUGCUGUGGUCGGCAUGCAGCUCUUCGGUAAGAGCUACAAAGAAUGCGUCUGCAAGAUCAACGAGGACUGCACGCUGCCUCGCUGGCACAUGAACGACUUCUUCCACUCCUUCCUCAUUGUGUUCCGCGUGCUGUGUGGAGAGUGGAUAGAAACCAUGUGGGACUGCAUGGAGGUGGCUGGCCAGACCAUGUGCCUUAUUGUUUACAUGAUGGUCAUGGUGAUUGGAAACCUCGUGGUCUUGAAUCUGUUUCUAGCAUUAUUAUUGAGUUCAUUUAGUUCAGACAAUCUUACAGCAAUUGAAGAAGACACUGAUGCAAAUAAUCUUCAGAUUGCAGUGGCCAGAAUUAAAAGGGGAAUAAAUUAUGUGAAACAGACCUUACGGGAAUUUAUUCUAAAGGCAUUUUCUAAAAAGCCCAAGAUUUCCAAGGAGAUAAUACGAGCAGAAAAUCUAAAUAAUAAAAAAGAAAACUAUAUCUCAAACCGCACACUUGCUGAAAUGAGCAAAGAUUACCAUUUUCACAAUGAAAAAGAGAGACUCAGUGGUUAUGGAAGCAGUAUGGACAAAACCUUGAUGGAAGAAAGUGAUUAUCAAUCAUUUAUUCAUAAUCCAAGCCUCACAGUCACAGUGCCAAUCGCCCCUGGGGAAUCUGACUUGGAAAAUAUGAAUACUGAGGAACUUAGCAGUGAUUCAGAUAGCGACUACAGCAAAGAGAGACGGAACCGAUCAAGCUCUUCUGAGUGCAGCACAGUUGAUAACCCUCUGCCAGGAGAAGGAGAAGAAGCGGAGGCUGAACCUGUGAAUUCUGAUGAACCAGAAGCCUGCUUUACAGAUGGUUGUGUACGGAGAUUCCCAUGCUGCCAAGUUAACAUAGACUCAGGAAAAGGGAAAAUCUGGUGGAACAUCCGAAAAACCUGCUACAGGAUAGUAGAACACAGUUGGUUUGAAAGCUUCAUUGUUCUCAUGAUCCUGCUCAGCAGUGGAGCUCUGGCUUUCGAAGAUAUCUAUAUUGAAAAGAAAAAGACUAUUAGGACUAUCCUGGAAUAUGCUGACAAAAUAUUCACUUACAUCUUCAUUCUGGAAAUGCUUCUCAAGUGGGUGGCAUAUGGUUACAAAACCUAUUUCACCAAUGCCUGGUGUUGGCUGGACUUCUUAAUUGUUGAUGUUUCUUUGGUUACUUUAGUUGCAAGCACUCUGGGCUACUCAGAUCUUGGCCCUAUUAAAUCCCUUCGGACACUGAGAGCUUUGAGACCUCUGAGAGCCCUAUCUAGAUUUGAAGGAAUGAGGGUGGUUGUAAAUGCUCUGAUAGGAGCAAUUCCUUCCAUCAUGAAUGUACUUCUCGUGUGUCUGAUAUUCUGGCUAAUAUUUAGCAUCAUGGGAGUAAAUUUGUUUGCUGGCAAGUUCUACGAGUGUGUAAAUACCACAGAUGGGACGAGAUUUUCUACAAGUCAAGUUGAAAAUCGUUCAGAGUGCUUUGCCCUUAUGAAUGGCAGUGCAAAUGUGCGAUGGAAAAACCUGAAAGUUAACUUUGAUAAUGUUGGACUUGGUUACCUGUCUCUACUUCAAGUCGCAACUUUUAAGGGAUGGAUGGACAUUAUGUAUGCAGCUGUGGAUUCUGUUGAUGUGGAUGAGCAGCCCAAGUAUGAAUACAACCUCUACAUGUACAUUUAUUUUGUCAUCUUUAUCAUCUUCGGCUCAUUCUUCACUUUGAACUUAUUCAUUGGUGUCAUCAUAGAUAAUUUCAACCAACAGAAAAAGAAGCUUGGAGGUCAAGAUAUCUUUAUGACAGAAGAACAGAAGAAAUACUACAAUGCAAUGAAAAAGCUGGGAUCCAAGAAACCACAAAAGCCCAUUCCUCGGCCAGGGAACAAAUUCCAAGGUUGCAUAUUUGACCUAGUAACCAACCAAGCUUUUGAUAUUACCAUCAUGGUUCUUAUCUGCCUCAAUAUGGUAACCAUGAUGGUAGAGAAGGAGGGCCAAAGUGAAAACAUGACAAUUGUUUUGUACUGGAUAAAUCUGGUUUUCAUCAUCCUCUUCACUGGGGAAUGUGUGCUGAAGCUGAUCUCCCUCAGACAUUACUACUUCACAGUUGGGUGGAACAUUUUUGAUUUCGUGGUUGUGAUCCUCUCCAUUGUAGGUAUGUUUCUAGCAGAUCUGAUAGAAAAAUACUUCGUGUCCCCCACCCUGUUCCGAGUGAUCCGCCUUGCCCGGAUUGGCCGAAUCCUUCGCCUCAUCAAAGGGGCCAAGGGGAUCCGCACGCUGCUCUUCGCUCUGAUGAUGUCCCUUCCUGCCUUGUUCAACAUCGGCCUCCUGCUCUUCCUUGUCAUGUUCAUCUACGCCAUCUUCGGGAUGUCCAACUUCGCCUACGUGAAGAAGGAAGCUGGAAUCAAUGACAUGUUCAACUUUGAGACGUUUGGCAACAGCAUGAUUUGCCUGUUCCAAAUUACCACGUCUGCGGGCUGGGAUGGGUUGCUAGCCCCGAUUCUUAAUAGUGCACCCCCAGACUGUGAUCCCAAAAAAGUUCACCCAGGAAGCUCAGUAGAAGGAGACUGCGGGAACCCAUCCGUUGGGAUUUUCUAUUUCGUCAGCUACAUCAUCAUCUCCUUCCUGGUGGUGGUGAACAUGUACAUCGCUGUCAUCCUGGAGAACUUCAGCGUGGCCACGGAAGAAAGCACAGAGCCCCUGAGCGAGGAUGACUUCGAGCGAUUCUAUGAGAUUUGGGAGAAGUUCGAUCCGGAUGCGACCCAGUUCAUAGAAUACAGCAAACUCUCUGAUUUUGCAGCUGCCCUGGAUCCUCCCCUUCUCAUAGCAAAACCCAACAAAGUCCAGCUCAUUGCCAUGGACCUGCCCAUGGUGAGUGGAGACCGGAUCCACUGCCUCGACAUCUUGUUUGCUUUUACAAAGCGUGUUUUGGGGGAGAGUGGAGAGAUGGAUUCUCUUCGCUCACAGAUGGAAGAAAGGUUUAUGUCUGCCAAUCCUUCCAAAGUGUCCUAUGAACCCAUCACGACUACAUUAAAGCGAAAGCAAGAGGACGUGUCGGCCACUGUCAUUCAGCGUUCUUAUCGACGCUACCGCUUACGGAAAAAUGUCAAAAACAUCUCCAGUAUAUACAUAAAAGAUGGUGACAAAGAUGAUAAUUUACCCAAUAAAGAAGACAUCGUUUUUGCUAAUGUUAAUGAGAACUCCAGUCCAGAAAAAACCGAUGCAACCCCAUCUACCAUCUCUCCGCCUUCCUACGAUAGUGUAACUAAACCAGACAAAGAAAAAUAUGAAACCGACAAAACAGAAAAAGAAGACAAACAAGAACAAGGAAAUGCACAGGAAGCUAUUAGAGUAAGUCCUGACAACACAAAAUCAAGAAUUGGUACUAAUAAUGAUGGUGUGGCAGUCAGUCUGCUACUAGAGAUGUGUGGAGCCUGUGCUACCUUUGUCUCGUCCUGGAGCACAAUGAAAUCUACAUAA